AUGUUUAAACGUCCAAAAAAAAGAGUAAAACUAGUAAAUGUAAGAACAAAGAAAAAAUUAACGUGUUGUCAAAAAUGUUCACGUAUAAUUCGCAAAUGGUUAUGUAGAAGAAUUAAACGAUGUAUCAAAAAGAAAGUUUUUGGUACACCAGAUCCACAGUUAGAUGACUUUGAAGUUGCUGGUAUAAAUUUGGGAAGUGUCCGGGAUAAUCUGAAACUAAAUAAAAGUCAAGAGGCUCUUGAUAAAGAUUCGGAAAAUUUUGCUGAAAAGAAGCCUACACUAAUUAUACUUUUUAGAAAUAAACUGAAGAAAUCAACAAAAAGCAUUCCAAUGAAAAAUGCAUUUAUUGAUGCAAUUGAUAAAUAUUUUGAUUUAUUAAAAAACAUGAAUAGCCACGAUUUAAAAAAACCAUUUUCACUGACUAAUUCAAAACAUAAGAUGCUAGGAAAUAUGAUUGAAGAUUACAAAAAAGGGAAAAUUUCACUAACGGAAUUACAGCGUGACAUAAAAAAUGGCAAGAAAAUGUUGAAUAAAGAAAACAUAAAUCAAAUGUUGAAUUAUUAUAAGGAUCAGAAAUCGAAACACCAGUCAAUUGUGAAACAGUCUAAAUUUAAACAGCUUAAGUCUGAUCUGAGGGCAAAAAUAGAUUCUUUGUGA